AUGACCAGGAGGAGGAUGUACUGGGUCCCCAGAUCUUCUGGUGGCCUUGGGAAUCUCGGCAUGGACAUGAGCAAUGAUAUGGUUUCAGGGCUUAGCUACAAUACUUACACUCCAGGAGACGGCCCCUGGAGCCAGCAGGUGAGGAAGCCUGAGGCACCAGGGAUGGCGACAGUCCUCCCUUGGGGGAAAUACGAUGCUGCCUGGAGAACCAUGAUUCCCUUCCGUCCCAAGCCAAAGUUUCCUGCCCCACAACCCCUGGAUGAUGCUGGCCUCUUCUCAUACCUCACGUUGUCAUGGCUGACCCCACUCAUGAUCCUAGGUUUACAGAAACGCUUGGAUGAGAACACCAUCCCCCAGCUGUCGGUACAUGAUGCCUCAGACAAAAAUGCUGAAAGGCUCUGCCUCCUUUGGGAAGAAGAAGUCUCAAGACACGGGAUUGAAAAAGCUUCAGUGCUUCGAGUGAUGAUGAGAUUUCAAAGAACAAGGGCUCUCUUCGAUAUACUUCUGGGCUGCCUCUUCUCUGCCUCGGCCGUGCUAGGGCCAAUGCUGAUUAUACCAAAGAUCCUGGAAUAUUCUGAAGCACCAUCAGGGAAUAUUGCCUAUGGGGUGGGACUCUGCUUUGCCCUCUUUUUCACGGAGUGCUUGAAGUCUGUGAGUUUGUGCUCAUGCUGGGUCUUAAACCAGCGCACAGGCAUCAGGUUUCGUUCUGCUGUUUUCUCCUUUGCCUUUGAGAAGCUAAUGCAAUUUAAGUCUCUAACACACAUCACCACUGGAGAGGCCAUCAGCUUCUUUGCCAGUGAUGUAAACUACCUAUUUGAAGGGGUGUACUACGGCCCCCUGAUCUGGAUCAUCUGUUCAUUGCUGAUUGCCUGCACUGUCACCUCCUACCUCAUUCUUGGACCCACUGUGCUCUCCGCCACUCUUUGCUACCUCCUGAUUCUACCAGUGGAGGUGUUCCUGAUCAAAAGGAUUGUUAAGAUAUACAAACACACCUCUGAGGUCAGCGACCAGCGCAUCCGUGUGACCAGUGAAGUUCUCACCUGCGUUAAGCUGAUUAAAAUGUAUGCAUGGGAGAAACCAUUUGAAAAAAUAAUUAAAGACCUCAGAAGAAAGGAAAAGAAACUAUUGGAAAAGUCUGGGAUCAUCCAGAGCCUGACCACUGCCUCCUUGUUUAUAGCCCCCACAUUGACCACAACGGUGAUGUUCCUCAUCCACACAGCUUUACAACGGAAACUCACGGUUUCAGGGGCCUUCACUGUGGUGGCCACCUUGAUUCCCAUGCGGUUGUGUGUGUUCUUUGUGCCCUUCGCAGUAAAGGGCCUCACGAUUUCCAAGUCUGCGGCAGAGAGGUUUAAGAAAUUUUUCCUCCAGGAGAGCCCUGUUUUGUACGUCCAGGCACUGAAAGAUCACAGCAAAGCAGUGGUUUUGGAGGAGGCCACCUUGUCAUGGCAACAGACCUGCCCUGGGACUGUCAAUGGGGCCAUGGAGCUGGAGAAGAAUGGGCAUGCUACCAAGGGGAUGGCCAGGGCUCAGCCAGCUCCAGGAGCCCUUGGGCCAGAGGACACAAGGGACAGCCUAGCCCCAGAGUUGCACAAGUUAAACCUGGUGGUGUCAAAGGGGACCAUGUUGGGGGUCUGUGGCAACACCGGAAGCGGCAAGAGCAGCCUGCUGUCCGCCAUCCUGGGGGAGAUGCACUUGCUGGAGGGCUCGGUGGGGGUGCAUGGAAGCCUGGCUUAUGUCCCCCAGCAGGCCUGGAUCAUCGGGGGUAGCAUCAGGGAGAACAUCCUCAUGGGAGACCAGUAUGACAAGGCCUGGUAUCUCCAGGUGCUCCACUGCUGCUCCCUGAACCGUGACUUGGAAAUUCUGCCCUUCGGAGACAUGACCGAGAUCGGGGAGCGGGGCCUCAACCUCUCUGGGGGGCAGAAGCAGAGGAUCAGCCUGGCCCGGGCCGUCUACUCUGACCGCGAGCUCUAUCUGCUAGACGACCCUCUGUCUGCUGUGGACACCCUUAUAGGGAAGCACAUCUUUGAGGAGUGCAUUAAGAAGAUGCUCAGGCGGAAGACGGUCAUUCUGGUGACCCACCAGCUGCAGUAUUUAGCAUUUUGUGACCAGAUCAUUUUCUUAGAAGAUGGGAAAAUCUGUGAAAAAGGAAUUCAUGAUGAAUUAAUACAGAAAAAGGGGCGAUAUGCCGAACUCAUCCAGAAGAUGCAUGGAGGAGGAACCACACAGGACAAACUGCAGGACACAGCAAAGCCAGCAGAAGACCCUCAGGUGCAAGGGCAGGCCCAGACCACUGGCCAGGAAGAGCCUCUCCAUGAAAAUGCUGUGCUGGAAAAUCAGCUCACAAAGAAGGAGAAGAUGGAAGAAGGGUCCCUGAGAUGGAGCGUCUACCACCACUACAUCCGGGCAAGUGGAGGUUACGUGGUCUCUGCCAUUGUUUUCUUUCUCAUGAUGGUGAUCAUCUUCCUCACGACCUUCAACUCCUGGUGGCUGAGCCAUUGGUUAGAGCAGGGCUCAGGGACCAAUAGCAGCCAAGAGAGCAAUGGAACUACUGCAGACCCAGGAGACAUACUGAACAACCCUCAGCUGUUGUAUUACCAACUGGUGUACGGCCUCAGUGUCCUGCUUCUAAUCUUCACGGGUGUUUGCUCCUCGGGGGCUUUCACCAAGAUCACGAGGGAAGCAUCCACAGCAUUGCACAACGAGCUCUUCAACAAGAUCUCAAAGUUACCACAAGGACUGCAAGCAGAGGUGGUGGAAAGUGGCAGAAACUUCUCUGUGGGGGAGAGGCAGCUGCUCUGCAUUGCGAGAGCACUCCUUCGCAACUCCAAGAUCAUCCUUUCUUUCUUUCUUUCUUUCUUUCUUUCUUUGGAAACCGAUACUUUGAUCCAGCAUUCUUUCUUUCUUUCUUUCUUUCUUUCUUCAGUGCUGGUCAUUGCACACCGCAUCACCACUGUACUCAACUGUGACCGCAUCCUGGUCAUGAGCAACGGGAAGGUGAUUUCUUUUGAUAGACCCGAGGUCCUGCAGCAUUCUUUCUUUCUUUCUUUCUUUCUUUCUUUGGCCCUGAAGAGUGCCUGGGAGCCCUUUCUGCUCCCAUCCUGUCCCAACUCUGGGGUAAUAGAGAUGCUUAUCUGCAAGUUGAAAGUGACUCUAUUUGCCCUGACCUGCCCCCUCCCAGAGCUGCUGUGGAACAACUGCAUUCAUCACCUGCGAGAAGGAGCUUCAUAA